CUAACGCACACUUACUCAUUAAGACAUCGUGGCUCUGAAUCAACAGGCACUGCAGGACUGAAAAUCUGCUCAACACCACAAGAAGAGAGGAGUAAGUUUGAGCUGAGUCGAGCUCAACCCUGCCAGGUCAUCUAUGCAGUUCCCAUGAGGACCCUCGCACGUACUCACUCGUAAUGACCUCAUGGAUUGUACUUCAACAGGCAUUGGACUGAAAAAACUGCUCAACACCAAGACAUGAGAAUAGUUAAAACGGCAUGCAGAUGAAAAGAAAAGCCCAGGAGACAGUGAAGCUGGUUCCAGAAAGCGCAAACUCGAGAAUAGAAACGACAAGCUUGCUUCGAACAUGGAAGAAAAUCAACGAGGACAGAGUGGACUUGGAGCAGACAAGCAGGAGGGUCAUGACGCCAAAGUCGAUGGAACUGGAACAGGACAGGGUCACAGGAAACAUAAAGCUGUGGUAACUGGAGAUGGAGUUAAAAUUGAUUUGGAGACUGUUAAUAGAGCCUUUCUUGAAUUAGCAGAGAAAGGUCGUCCAGAUACUGUCAAGAUAUUGAUAGAUGCUGGGGCUGAUGUUAAUGCCAAGGACAUUAACAAUGAUAUACUCUUGCUUGCAUCAGCAUCUGGAGGUCAUUCUGAUACUGUAAAGAUAUUGAUAGAUGCUGGGGCUGAUGUUGAUGCCAAGGACAUUAACAAUGUCACACCCUUGCUUGCAUCAGCAUCGGGAGGUCAUUCUGAUACUGUCAAGAUAUUGAUAGAUGCUGGGGCAGAUGUUAAUGCCAAGACCACUAACAAUGACACACCCUUGCAUUAUUCAGCAUCGGUAGGUCAUUCUGAUACUGUCAAGAUAUUGAUAGAUGCUGGGGCUGAUGUUAAUGCCAAGAACACUUACAAUGACACACCCUUGCUUGUAUCAGCACGGGGAGGUCAUUCUGAUACUGUCAAGAUAUUGAUAGAUGCUGGGGCUGAUGUUGAUGCAAAGGGCACUAACAAUGUCACACCCUUGCUUGCAUCAGCAUUGGGAGGUCAUUCUGAUACUGUCAAGAUAUUGAUAGAUGCUGGGGCUGAUGUUGAUGCAAAGGGCACUAACAAUGUCACACCCUUGCUUGCAUCAGCAUUGGGAGGUCAUUCUGAUACUGGCAAGAUAUUGAUAGAUGCUGGGGCUGAUGUUGAUGCCAAGAACACUGACAAUGACACACCCUUGCUUGUAUCAGCACGGGGAGGUCAUUCUGAUACUGUCAAGAUAUUGAUAGAUGCUGGGGCUGAUGUUGAUGCAAAGGGCACUAACAAUGUCACUGCCUUGCUUGCAUCAGCAUUGGGAGGUCAUUCUGAUACUGUCAAGAUAUUGAUAGAUGCUGGGGCUGAUGUUGAUGCCAAGAACACUGACAAUGACACACCCUUGUUUGUAUCAGCAUGGGGAGGUCAUUCUGAUACUGUCAAGAUAUUGAUAGAUGCUGGGGCUGAUGUUGAUGCAAAGGGCACUAACAAUGACACACCCUUGCUUGCAUCAGCACGGGGAGGUCAUUCUGAUACUGUCAAGAUAUUGAUAGAUGCUGGGGCUGAUGUUGAUGCAAAGGGCACUAACAAUGACACACCCUUGCUUGUAUCAGCACGGGGAGGUCAUUCUGAUACUGUCAAGAUAUUGAUAGAUGCUGGGACUGAUGUUAAUGCCAAGAGCACUAACAAUGAUACACCCUUGCUUGCAUCAGCACGGGGAGGUCAUUCUGAUACUGUCAAGAUAUUGAUAGAUGCUGGGGCUGAUGUUGAUGCAAAGGGCACUAACAAUGACAUACCCUUGCUUGCAUCAGCACGGGGAGGUCAUUCUGAUACUGUCAAGAUAUUGAUAGAUGCUGGGGCUGAUGUUGAUGCCAAGACCACUGACAAUGACACACCCUUGUUUGCAUCAGCAUUGGGAGGUCAUUCUGAUACUGUCAAGAUAUUGAUAGAUGCUGGGGCUGAUUCUGAUACUGCCAAGAUAUUGAUAGAUGCUGGGGCUGAUGUUGAUGCCAAGAACACUAACAAUGACACACCCUUGCUUGCAUCAGCACGGGGAGGUCAUUCUGAUACUGUCAAGAUAUUGAUAGAUGCUGGGGCUGAUGUUGAUGCCAAGAACACUAACAAUGACACACCCUUGCUUGCAUCAGCACGGGGAGGUCAUUCUGAUACUGUCAAGAUAUUGAUAGAUGCUGGGGCUGAUGUUAAUGCCAAGAACACUAACAAUGUCACACCCUUGCAUUAUUCAGCAUUGGGUGGUGAUUCUGAUACUGUCAAGAUAUUGAUAGAUGCUGGGGCUGAUGUUAAUGCCAAGAACACUAACAAUGACACACCCUUGCAUUAUUCAGCAUUGGGAGGUGAUUCUGAUACUGUCAAGAUAUUGAUAGAUGCUGGGGCUGAUGUUGAUGCAAAGGGCAUUAACAAUGUCACACCCUUGUAUUAUUCAGCAUCGGAAGGUCAUUCUGAUACUGUCAAGAUAUUGAUAGAUGCUGGGGCUGAUGUUGAUGCCAAGAGCACUAACAAUGUCACACCCUUGCAUAAAUCAGCAUUGGGAGGUCAUUCUGAUACUGUCAAGAUAUUGAUAGAUGCUGGGGCUGAUGUUAAUGCCAAGGACACUAACAAUGACACACCCUUGCAUAAAUCAGCAUGGGGAGGUCAUUCUGAUACUGCCAAGAUAUUGAUAGAUGCUGGGGCUGAUGUUGAUGCCAAGGACACUAAGAAUGACACACCCUUGCUUGCAUCAGCACGGGGAGGUCAUUCUGAUACUGUCAAGAUAUUGAUAGAUGCUGGGGCUGAUGUUCAUGCCAAGGACACUUUUAAGAACACACCCUUGCUUGUAUCAGCAUCGGGAGGUCAUUCUGAUACUGUCAAGAUAUUGAUAGAUUCUGGGGCUGAUGUUGAUGCCAAGGACACUAACAAUGUCACACCCUUGCUUGCAUCAGCACGGGGAGGUCAUUCUGAUACUGUCAAGAUAUUGAUAGAUGCUGGGGCUGAUGUUGAUGCCAAGACCACUAACAAUGUCACACCCUUGCAUCAAGCAACUAGAAGAGGGGAUUUACAAGUAGUUGUGGGACUCAUACUAAAGGGGGCUAAUGUGAAUCUUAAGAACAACCGUGGUGUGAUACCUAUUCAUCUGGCAGUAGAAGGUAGAUACAUACAAAUCAUAAAUGAACUAAUGAACAAAACUGAUUUAGCUGACCCUGGUGCACUCUUGAUAUUACACUCUUUAUUACUGGAAACCGAUAUUGGUAUGCUGAAGAUUAUGUGCCGCAAUUCAUCAGUCUACCGUGCUUGUGGCAAUUACGGGAGGACCUUACUCCAUGUUGCCGGACAACUCGGCUGCCAUGAAUACAUUCAACAUUUAACAACAUGUGAUGGAGUCGAGGUUAAUCACAAAGAUCACUUUGGAAAGAGUUCACUCCACUACGCCGUAGAGAUUGGGAAUGAAGAGACAAUACAUGAACUUCUAGAAGCUGGUUGUGAUGUUCAUGAAUUAGACUUAGCACGGAAGUCAGUUUUGCACCAUGCUGCAAUCAAUGGACACUGCAAUCUUAUAGGAUUUUUCAUUGAAAAAUAUAGGUUAGAUCCAUAUCAGGCUGAUGUUGAUGGCAGGAACUGUCUCCAUUAUGCUGUGAUCUAUCGAAAUGAGGACGUAGUGGCCCUGUUGAUGGAGAAAUACAGUGAUCCUAGGAAGGAUGCAAGGGACUAUCGAAACAAGACACCGACUGACUACUUGCAUCAGUGUGAAGAAGGCAGUUUGACAUCAAAAUACCUUCGAGGCUGGACAUCAGGAGUUACUGCAAUUGAGCUUGGUAACACCGAAAGUGAUGAUCAUACUGCCGGAGAAUGCUCUGAUAUUACAAAUAUUCCUGACUUGUGCAAAAUUUCAGAACAACCAUACAUUGGGUCUGUAAUGACAAUCACAGGACACGAUAAUGUAAAAUUUGUUAAAUAUGUUAAAGAAAAGGUGCAACAAGUUAUAAAAGAGGUACUACCACAGAUCACGCUAGUGGAGGUUUUUGGGGUUGGAAGUUCAUUUGAGGCAUCAAAGCAUGGCAUGCCUGAUGAAUUUGAUUUUUUGGUGAAGUUGGGAGAAAUUCUUCGUGAAGAUUAUUACGAACGUGAAGGAUAUCAAAAUAUGAAGAAUUCUUAUUUCAGAGAUGAAUCUGUGGCACCUGUCAUUGGGUCAUAUGGGAUGUGGAUGUGGAGCAGACUCAUGGAAUAUUGGAGUGAUUGCGUAUCAAACAAAAAGGCCACACGAAGUGAUGGUGAUCGCAGCUUCUGUAUGUUAUCGCCACCACAGAGACAUCCUGAUCGUAAAACCUGCACGACAUGGAUCUGGCUGUACAGUGAUGAAAUGUUUACCGACUUGCCAAUAUCAAUAGACUUGGUGCCUGCCAUUGAGGUUGACAUGAGAGAGAAAUACUUGGAUCGGGCAUCGAUGAUUUUUAAGAGAAAAGACUGGAAACAACCAAAAAAGUACAUAGUUCCUAAAAUUCCAUACAGGACCAGCACGGUAGCACAAAACAUUAAACCUGACGAACUUAAUCAGCUUGGGCGAAUCUCCUACCCAACAAUAGAGGUGGAUUACCUCAAAGCUUUGGAUAAACGGGUGAAGGAUGUCUUCAUCACAGCAAAAUGUGUGAGAAAGGCAGAGGUGUGUGGCUUCAAAAUUAAGAUCAACAAGGGUGAUAUGGUAUGUGGCUACAAAAUAAAAAACAAUAAUGUCAAUAUUAAGUCGGUCAGUGAGUUAGUAACCAGCUACAGAUUGAAAUCUGCAUUCUUGCAUCUGGUUGGACUGUUCCUGAAGUCAGACAUGUCCCUCGGGAAAAUGGUCCUGAUGGUGUAUGAACAUUUAGAAAAGUGUCUCGAGAGAGAUAAUCUACCAAUGCCCAUGGAUAAUAAGGUCAAUGUGUUAGCUGGGUCCAAGCUGAGUACAGAAGACAGCCUCCAGGUGACCAGGAUCAUGGCAAGGUUUGUCAGGCGUCUGUACGAGAGGGAUGUCUCAGCUGAACAACGGGAGAGAGACUCAAGAGAAGAGGCUCAGGGACUAACGAGACAAAGAGCAGAGUACGAUCAGGAACUGGAUGAAUGGAUUAAGACUCUUAAGAGGGAUUCACUUCGAAUUCAUCGGAGCGAGAAACCAACACUGAAUCCAAUCCUGCUUUCAAAGCUUCCCAGGUAAUGACAUUCGGUUACAUCACACCAGUUUCUUUCUCGGUGUUGUUUAACCCUUUCUUCUGGAGACAUAGCCAUGAACCUUUCAAAGCUGAAUAAAUGAUAAAUGCACUUAAGUCUAUAUGCUUGCAGCAAAAAGUCCUUAUGUCUCCUCAAAUGCGUGGUUCUGCAAUAUAUUGUGUCUAUUCAAGCAUUGUGGGUCUCUGGUAGCGCGCUGCAGACGGAAUCAAAACUGAGGUUCCUAAUGUAACCAAUGGUUAACAACCACAGGCUUCGUCAUCAAUGAUAACUGUUAUGAAUUCGGUUCUCAUUGACUGAUUGAGUUUAUUUAGCUCAUGUGUAAGUAACUCAAAUGAAAUGGCUACGGCCGUGUGUGAGCAUCGGAUCAAUCUUUCGCAGACAAGUUAUAACCAUUCUGCUAAAGAAACAUACUAUAUAUGGGUAUGGGGCAGAAGCAGCACAGUGGAAGAGAGUCGGUCUCUGGAUCGAGAGGUUGUGGGUUUGACUCCCAGCUAAGUCACUGUUUGGUUCCCCUACUGGUCGAGUUCAAGUGAGAGUCUUCUGGUUGCUCCUUGAAAUCCGUGAUUGAUUUCUGUGGAGACCAGGUAAUCAUAUGGUACCCCAAAAGUGCUUUGAACAGGGAAACAUUGAAAAGCGCGAUAUAAGAACUCAACGUGAUUAUUUUAUCAUAGUUUAUACUGGCUGAUUUGCCAAAUAUCAUUUGACUGUUGUGACCUUGAAUAUUUGGUCAAAUCUAAGGUGCUCAGCUGACAGAUUGGAGUGGGUCAAUGAAAAUGAGCCCACAGCUACAUGUAAAUAUGGAAUUGUGCAAAUAGUAUCAGAGCUGGUACCUAUUAAAUAUUGCAGACACAUUUAUACUAUAUUUACUAUCCUUUGUACAUAUUACAGAGAAAAUCGGAUGACCAUAGCUCAAACACUGGGACUAUAAGAGCAGUUAUGGAAAUCAGACAUUUUUGAUAGUUCGCGCAACUAUCUAUUUUUUUAUGUAUUUUAAUGUAUCUUGAUCAUUCUCGUUUCACAAUGUUACUUAAUUAGCUUCCGACAAUCAUUUAGCACAGCUUAGUUAAGAAUAACAUUUAAACAAUUUUUUAUAAUUUGUUUUAAUGAGCUUGUUUCAUGUGUUAUUGAGAUGUUGGAUCAGCCACUCAAAAACAUGUUUGUGUUGGGCUAUUUUUGAAUUUCUGUCCCCAGGUGAAUUUGUGUUGUAAUACAAAUGUAGUAGUUACAUGUACUAGAUUUCUUUGUGAAUCUAAUGUUAUUAUCUAAAUUCAGAUUUUGGACUCCAGACUGGGAACAAACAUAAUUAGUUUUCCUCUCUGUGAUGAUGAAUGCAUAUUGAAUUUAUGAAGUUUUUGAAGCCAAAUAGCAAACUCAUGCCAUUUAAUCUCUUUGACCUCGAACAUUAGGUCAAAUGAAAAACUUGUAUGAGAGGUGCCUAUGAUGAUAAUACUGUCAUUAAUUGAAGAUUUGCUGCACUUUUUAUUUUUUAAGUUUUGGCCCUCUGGUGGCUAAUUAAGGAUCAGAUUGAACUGAAAUUAAGUGUCAAAGGUCAUCUGACCGAGGGGAUUAUGUGUACAAAAUUUGAAUUUCAUAGGAGGUUAUCUGGAUAUCAAACAUACCUUAUCUCGGUAUCACACAUCAAUUGUACUGUAGAAGAACAAAAUGAAACAUACCUGAGCAAACCCAAGAUAAAAUAACUGAUAGUCGGUCAUAUUUAUCCCAGGCAGGGGGUGCUCUGACCCGUGAACUUUACGCCAGUCCUGAUAAGCCUGAAAAACAAAACAUUUCCGAGUUAGGGCGCAUGUCAAAUAUCACGAGGCUGAGAAAAUGAACACGCUGGAUCUCUCUCCCAGGCCUUUCAAUUACAUUGACACCCUUAAUACACCUUGUAAUUUUUUAACCUUUUUUGGGGACAUGUUUUUUUCACUAUUAAGCCUUUGGGGACAUUUUGUUGUGGCAAGCCAUCGAAAUUAGUCAAAAAUUCAGUGGGCAUUUGAAGUAUGUCUCUUUUUUUUGUCGCCACAUGAAAAUGACACAUUUGGGUGUAUCAGGCAUUAAUUUAUGACAUUAAGGAACAGAAUUAAGCAUGUUGAGGCAUAGAAAAGGCUUCAGAGGUCAAUUACCCCUAAUAUUCACGUCUCUUUUUUCAUGAUUGGCAAAAAUUCAUGAAAGAGAUAAAAACUUUCAUGGUUUUUAGUUUAGUGGAUUAUGAAAUAGCUUCCAGUUUUUCAAACCAAUAAGUAUUUUUUCGGAUUUUUGAUUAUUACACAUCUACAUAUAGGUUAAUCUAGUUUUUCGGCUUGACCUAGGUUGUAUAGGCUUGACCUAGGUUGUAUAGGCUUGACCUAGGUUGUAUAAUACUAUUUCUUAUUGGUCAAAAUGAAUUCAGGAUUCUCUUUAUAUAUUCGUUAAAUGCUUUAGGUUUGAAGCACUUUAACUGGGAUGUUGAUCAAUGAUAAUUCUAAAACACCUUGGUUACAAUGAACCACAGUUUACAGUGUAUAACGCACUCAGUGCCUCAUUUUGACGGCAGCAGUUAUGAUCAGGCAACCGCGGCCUGCGUUGGUGCAAAAUAUGGAAGCGGUGAAAAGCAGUCAAAAUCUCAUUUUUUUGCGUAAAUUGGUGUGUUUUAUAAUAGAAAUGGAUACCUCACUGAUAGAAAUGGUUGUCUCUCACCAAACACUGCUCGUGGAGAAGCGAUUUUGCCCAAAAUCUCAUCUGCCAAAUUGGUUUUGGCCAAUAAUUUAGGUGAGACACCAUUGGUAUAAAUUCCUAAACCAUUUAACUUGUAAAAAAGAACUUCUCAAACUGGGACCAUAUUCUCAUGUACUUGUCCGCCAAACUUAGUAUAUUUUCUAUUUCAUGUUGAGUAUGUUUCAACUUCAGUUCUAUUGUUUGAGUAUUCAGGGGCGGAGCUAGCAUUUUGGUUUGGCGGGGGGGGAGUAGAAGUGUUUUUGGGUGUGAAAUAUGACACUGCUUGAAAUUUAUGGGCCAAAAUCAUGGUCAAAAACACAUUUUGGUGACUUCAUGAGGCUUUUUGCACCUCCCCCCUCGUAGCUACAAACCUGAGAUAGGGCGAUAUGUUGGACAAGUUGUACACAGUUCAUAUUAGGGAGGUUGAGAUCUGGGACUUAUCACAGAUCGAGUAUGGAUAAAAACGUACAGAAAAUUCGUCCUCUUUCUACCGAGUAUUCUUCGUAUAUGUAUAAGGCUCCUUGAUAAGUUGAAGACACUAUCAAGGCAGAAAUAUUUGAAUGCCUUUUAUGUAGAAAGAGUUUUGGCUGCAAAAACGAAAAUCUAAUUACUGAGUCUAAAUUACCCUGGUAACUCAGAGUCGUUGUAAGACCGGUAAUUUGGUAUUACCACGUUCUGGUCUUGGUGGGUGGGAUUGUGUAUAGUCCAUUCAUAAACCUGUUGUCUGUGUUGUUUAGUAGAACCUCUCUAUUAAGGACACCAUUCGGUGUGACAAGUGUUGUACUUAAUAGAGAGGUGUCUUGAUAAGAGAGCUCAAAUUGAAUGGAAACGAUCAAUUUGGGACUAAAACUACUGUCCUUAAUAGAGAAGUUGUAGUUAAUAGAGUGGUGUGUGCUUAGGGAGGUCCACAACUGGUAUUGGGUGUUAUAAUGCUAUUUCAUAAAUAUACAAAAUUGCAAUUUCACGAACUUGCGAAAUAAAAGGUUGACAAAUAUUUCUGGGUUUACGGUAAUGUUGGGCAAUAAAAUUUGAUUUAAGAAAAACUGAACUCUGAAGAAAUCGGUCCAGUAUCUUUUGCACAGCGGAUCAAAAGGACACGGACAUUUACUUCUGAAUAGUAUAGUAAACCAUGAUAAAACUUGUGUAUGUUAUCUAAAUAUUUGUAUUUCAUCAUCUUCUACUUGUUGUAAGACUUUGACUUUAACUUGGAUGUUGUAGAUCAAUAAUAAAUUGAA